UUUUUUUUUCAGUUAUUUACAGUUGGCCGUACAUGGCCCUAAUUACAUCUUGGGUUCGAGCGCCGGCUCGGGCGAUGCGUUCCAGAUGUGAGCAGGAAUUCGGAGGGCUUUCUAAAGUAAAGAAACAUCGCUCUGCCAGCGGAGGAAUAAAGAAACUGGAGUCUGAGAAAAGUGGAAGAGGCGAGGGAUCGGACAGAGAAAGGAGAACGGGGCCCCUUGCUUCAUUCGCAGGCAUAGAUUGUGUGUGUGUCUGUCUGUCCGUCUGUUCAAGGAGAAGAUAUUGUGGGCGGCCAAGUCAAGAUAAGGAACGGCGCAUUCGCCAUUCAGAACUCUUGCGUCUUGAAAGUGUUCGGAGGGACAUCUGCACUGCCUUUAUUUGAUGUUUUUUUGCAUUAUAAUCAGAAGAUUGCUUGUAUUUUAGUCAUGGUCAUAAAUUAAGGCAGAAAUGAUUAUGUAGAAAUGAAUACACUCGAGACAAAUUAUGUAAAAGAAUUCCCCUCUCCCCUGGAGAAUGCUUGUUGGGAUAGUGCCGUAUCUUCUGUUACCUAAGAAAUGUUAAUAUAAUGAUAGUAAACUUCAAGUCAAAGUAAGCAGCUGUCUGAUUUGAACAUUCUUUAAUGAAAUGUGGCCUGUGUAAGAGAUUCAGACCAUAAACUUUUAUAAAUAUUUUUAUUGAACGCUGACAGUAUUUUGUAUGGCUUGUCUGUACUGUGGGAAAAAUCCUGAAGGUGGUGCAUAAUAUUUCUAAUAGGAUUAUUGAGAGAUUGUCUCUGCUACCCCUGCAGACUGAGUGUGGAUCUCAAACAGAUCCUCUCUAAGGCUUUUUAAUGACAAUACAUUUCAUAGUGAGUUUUCAGUAAAUUGACCGUGGUUUCAGAGCACUGCUGGGUCAGCGUGGAAAAUGUUUCAGGAAAUACCGAACUUUUUUUUUUUUUUCCAAGAAGAAAAAAUGUGGCCAACAUUCCUUCAAACCUCUGGAAAUAAAGUGACGACAGCAUGGCGUCGGGACUUCCAAAUGUGACGGCCAAUCAGGAGACGGCAGAAACCCCGGAGGAGUGUCCAGCGAAGAAGAAGUCCAAAUUUCAGACAUUCAAGAACUUCUUUGUGAAGAAGAAGAGAAAAGAGGCCCCCGCCACACCUGAGGAGAACCUUCUGAAAUCCAGCCAAUCGAGCGACAAUGUCAACGGCCCAGAGGCCCCGCCCGCCCACUCGGAGGCAGACGAGGACUCUGGUUCAAAGGUCAACAUGGGGAGCAAGGCCAUGUCACACGACAGCGUCUUCGUCUCCGAUUCCCAUUCGUCGGAAGCCAACGACGGCCUGGCGUCCUCCCAGGACAGCCUUCACGGGAAGGUCAAGUCCCUGCAGCUGCAGCUGAAGCAGGCCAUCAGGCUGGGCUCCCCCCAGUCCCUCGUCUGUGGGAAGAAGGGGGAGGACGGCGGGACCCUCUCUGAGGACGACGGCCUGCCCUGCAGCCCCCCGGAGAUCUCCACCCUGCACACCGUGCUGACGGGGUCCUCCCAGGGGAGAACGAGCUCGCUGAGCCUGGAGGGAUCGGACAGCGAGGACGAGCAGAUGUCCCUGGAGGCCUCGUCCAGACCCGUCAGCCCGCUGGACUGCCUCCCGCUGGACUUCAGCGAGCCCGCCAACUUCGCCGCCUGCCUCGACAACUCAGCCGCCCGCCAUCGCAUCGCCGUCAAGCAGAGGGCCUGCGCCAAGCGGAAGCCUGCCAGCAGGGAGGUGUCUGAACGCAGCAAGGUGAAGAUUUUGAGUGGGAGAGUGCCGCUCAGAGUAGAAGAAGAACCAUCGAGUGCAGUCUUAACAGAGCUGUCUGCGGAGGAGAAGAAUGAAGACGUGGAGAUGAUCGAGACUGACGCUGGUGGGGAGGAGGCCGAAGUUUCCCCCAGGGUCCUGCCCGCUUCGAGGACGAUGGCGGAGGAGCCCGGGGCUCCAGAUGAUCCGGCCGAGGCCGGGGGCGUGUCCUCUUCCUCCUCCGAGGCUGAAUUGGAGUCUCUCCCAGAGGCAGACCUCGCCCUGGAUCUCCAGGAAUCCCCGGUGUCCUUGGCGCCCUCUGGUGGACACUACGCCGACGCAGCGCUGGACUCCGACGGCGAGGUCCCGGCUGAGGAGGCGGGGUCCCUGCUUCAGGAGGUGCUGAGCUCGCUGGAGUGCCCUUUGACCUCCGCGUUUGUGCUGAAGCCAGAUGCCAGGGACCUGCAGGUCAGCGCGGACCAGGGCGAGCGCUCGCGUGCCAAGGACCCACUCGACGAUCCGAUGGACCGGCCGCCCUCCUCACCUGCUGUAAACCAGGGAGAAGAUGAGCAAGAGGAGGGCACUCUUUCCCCCAGCAUUGACACAAGCUGCGGCCUUGGUUCUCGUGAUGAAGAUGAACAGCUGGUCAAGGAAGAGGAGAGUGUGGAAUCGGACGAGGAUGAGGAUGAGGAGGCUGAAGUGAUGAGCCCUGCUGAAGUUCCCCUCAAAAAAGAGGCAGACCUUCCUGCUGGAAAAGGAGAGGAAGCAGAAGAACGGGAGAAAGUUCUGAAGGAGGAGGUGAUGGAGCAAGAGGAAGUGAUGGAGGAGGAGCAGGAGGAGGAAGUAGUGGAGCAGGUGGAGGAGGAAGAGGCGGUAGUGGAAGAGGUGGAGGAACAAGACGCAGUUGUUAUGGAGGAGGUUGUAACAGAGGAGGUGGAGGAGGAAGAGGCAGUAGUGGAGGAACCAGUUGUGGAGGAGGUAGAGGAGGAAGACACAGUAAUGGAAGAAGAUAAAGUGGUAAUCAAGGAAGAUGGGGUGAUAAUGGAGAAGAUGGUAAUACAGCAGCAGGAGGAGGAGGGGGAGGAGGUGGAGGUCAGAGAAGAGAUGGGAAUAAUGGAAGUGGGAGUAGGGAUAGCUCCAGAGGCCCCUCAGCAAAAAGCCACAGCAGAGUUUGAGGAGGAAGAUGUAGAGGAUGGUGAGGAAGAUGUUGACGAUCUGAAAGUGGAGGUGGCUACAGACAUCAAUGAGCCUGAAGACCCAGAGGAGACUAAGGAGGUGGAGCCAGAACCGGACUCUGGGGACCUGGACUCUGGGGACCUGGACUCUGGGGAGGAAGGUGCCCAGGGCCUUCUGUCAGGCAGUUGGUCUUAUUUACCUACAGCAGGAGUGGAGAGGUCAGAGUUCAACACAGAGCUGUUCACCUUAGAGGUCACAGACGACACCGCCCCACCCCAGCCACCAGGGGCAGCCUUCUCCCCCAGCAGCAAGGAACCCAGCUCACCUGAGCACAAGCCGUCCCCUAGCGCUGACAUCAGCGUAGGGCAGGACACAGAGGAACCCAGCAGUGCCCCAAGCGUGGAAGAGGAUCAUGGGAACGUGCGAGACACUCCUGAACCCAGCAGAGCGAGGUUCACCAUCGCGCCCGCCUGGCAGAGGUCUCUCUCCGGCGGAACCUCCAAGGAGCCCCCGUUCGCCUCGCCCAUCAGGCCCGAGGCCUUCCAACAGGCCGCCCCGGAGCCGGCCUCCGAGCCGGCGCCCUCUCCUGACCCGCCCCAGAGCCCGACGCCCCUCUCCCCUCUCAGACAGCCCCCUGCUCAGGACGCGGGCGCCGCCGAAAACCCGUUCGGGAUCAAGCUGAGGAGGACCCCGGUCCUGCUCCGCUACAGUGCGGAGGGAUCCGGGGACGCCCCCGCGGCUGGGCUUCCCGUGGAGCCAGCGGAACCGGCGAGACGCCCCCAAUCUGGGCUCCCCAGCGCCAGACCUACCGUGGCCAAAAAGCCGGACCCGCUCGAAGACAGCGCCUCCAAGCUCAGGAAAACACCAGACGCAGCGCUCAGUAAGGGAGCCGCAGAGCCGGGGACCUCGCCCAGCUGGAUCUCCGUCGCCAAGCAGAAACAGAAGAGCUUCCAGGAGAACCCCAUAGAGGAGACCCCUGCCCGGAAAGGCUCCCUUGAGAAGGAUGAAGCCAAUCUUUCAACCUCACCUGUUACAGUAUCCUGCUCCCUGGAGAUUUCCAAACCCGCAGCCACGGAGAAGGACGGGAAGAGGACCUCGCCACACCCCCCACCUGUGCAAGCGGGCCAGGACGAGCCCCCCUGGCUGGCCCUGGCCAAGAAGAAGGCCAAGGCGUGGAGCGAGAUGCCCCAGAUCGUGCAGUGAAUAUCCACACAGGACUGCUCAAUGUGCCCCUACCCCCCACCCCACCACCCCUGUCGAACAUGAACACAUUUGCACAUACAGAGUUUUUUUUUUUGUUUCGUUUUUUAAAUGUCUUAUAUUUACUCUAUUCCGUAACGCCGGUAGGCUUCUGCUUGAAAUGGAAUGUCAAACCCUCGUCCAUGGAAAGAUAGCAGCGAGUUAGACGUGAUGGGCCACGCGGGGUCGCUCGGGGUUACGCGGGGUUACCCGGGGUUACGGCGGUGUUUUUAUUCCAGCGCAGGUGUCCACAUGCGUCUCUCUGCGUGCGCACGCAUGCUGACAUUCUUCAGUCACCAGCCUUGAUCUUGAAUUUCAGGGAAAAAACACAGUGCGACGUGGAAGAAAGUCCCUGCUGGAGGACCCUCUGUAUUUAUUAUUCUUUUUAUGUACUUUUUGUGUACUUUUUAUGUAUUUUGCGUUCUAUUUUUGUAUUUCGCCUCCCAAAGUGCAAACACAAUAAAUUUGUGACUUGUAUAUAAUAUGUGCAGUAAAAAGAUGCAAAUAACGAAAUCUCUGUUUCACUCUUUUAUCCUCCUUCUGCCUCUAGAUCAUGAAAUGACAGUUUGUCUCAAGUAGAAAUAUUCUGUUAUAAAGAUGAUGCAAUUACUACAAUUGCUAUUAAACUAUUAAAUUUAUAAUGGUUUAUACUUCAUGCUAUGAUAAUGAUAUCACAUUAAUACUAUGUAUUAUUAUUAUUAUUAUUAUUAUUAUGUCAAAAUAGGACGAGGAAAAUGCCUACAUUUCAUAUACGUGCUGUAUUCUUCCCCUGGGCAAAUUUCAUUUUUCAAUCUUUAGCUUGUUUUUUCCUGCAGUUCCAUAUGAGCAGCACGUCAGUUCUCACGCUGGAGGAAAGCCCGUAGGAAUAAAAAAGAAACAUGGGCUGAGGUUUUGUGGAAUUGUUCCCACUUUUAAAUUGAAUAUCUGAUAUACAGCCUGGAAAAGUAUUACGGUGCACUAGCACACGUCUUCUUCAAUAAAAGCUUCAAUGGGGAGAUAAUUUAUACGAUUUAAUUUUUAAAAUCUAAGAAUGGCUGUAAAUUCCGAUAGAAAAGCACAAAAAUGGAAGUUCAUCAAAUUGGAUAAAUGGCGUAUUCUCGCUGACCUUUUUUUACAGUACUAAAUCUUACACAUUUAAAAGCAUCCCCCAGUCACUUCUCUUCUUAGUAUCUGGUUCAUUGUUUCUCAAAAGGGUGUUGUGUUUAAAGUUUACAUAUGUUUGAUGUUUUAUUUUUCUCUUAAAACAUGAGGACUUUGAGUCAAAAUGUUUGAAAAAUGCCUUCCAACAGUCUUUGUGUGGCGGGAAAAUGAACUGUAUUUUAAUAAACUUUGUAUUCUUUAUAAACUA